UUACAUGAUGCAGUUCUGACUCACCUAUCCAAGAUCCGAAGCAAUCCUUCCCUUUGGCUCACUCACGGCAGCUCAUUUGUUGAGGCAACCCUUCACCUCCCCCACAUACCGGACGCUCUUAUUGCAUUUCUGGACGGUGCCUCCGAAACAUACACCCAGUUCUCAGCAGAGUUUGCUAUUGGGGGACAAAUCGACUCACUGACACCAGAAGAGAUCGAAAGGAUCUUCAUUCCAAGCACAAAUGACGCAAACAAGGGUGCACUUGGCCAACUUCGGUGCAUGAAGCGGCUGAGUACACGCAUGACGCAGAUGAAGUUGAAUGCCAUCCAGAUGGCAAAGCGGAAUGGAGUAGAUGAUUUCAUAGUUGGUAGUCUGUCCAGCGAAGACCAGAGAGCACUGAUGUCACUUGCAAGGCUGCGGGAUAUGUCAGGCCACGAGCGCAAGCGGAAGCGAGAAAUCCGAGCAGCAAAUGCAAAGAAGGUGGCAGAUAGUCAGCGGAAGGCCGAGGCUGCAAAAGAAAGGACACAGGCAAAGCAGGAAGCACUCAAGAAGUUGUCAGAGGACGUGAUCUAUGAUUUAGAAGGAAUAAAGGCCCUCAAAACCAAGAAAGCGGCCAAGCAACAACUUGACGCGCACCGAUACCUUCAUCCCAAUGACAAGGACAUCCCAAGGGUUGGGGUCUUUAGCAGUAUGAAUAAUGAAGAACAGAAAGAGGUACUCACACGGAUAGCCAGCAAGUAUUAUCCUGUGUAGCACUCAGUAGUUGACUCAAUAUGGGGGACAGGGGGAAAGA